AUGCAGCAACCGGAAAAGGCCAUCGACGAACACGUCGAGCUCGCCAGAGAGGAACUAGAGAUCUACGGAGAUCUGGAAGUCCCUUCCUUCUUUAGGGAACAAUCGUGGGAUUUGUCUCGACUGACAGCAUCCGCUCAGGCGGCUAUCAACCAUGAACAUUCUUUGACCUUCCGACAGGCAGUUAGACAGUACCCCUGGGCCAUCUUCUUCUCCGUUGGCAUAUCGACAACACUAGUCAUGGAGGGCUACGACACAGGUCUCAUCAACUCUUUCUUUGGCUUGCCUCAAUUCCGCCAAAAAUUCGGCAAGCAAUUGCCCGACGGGGAUUACCAACUUUCGGCGGCCUGGCAAUCGGCCAUCUCUUCCAUGGCCAGUGUGGGAGGCAUCUUCGGCCUCUUGUUUGCUGGUCAGGUUGUUGACAGGAUUGGGUACCGAUGGACUAUGUUCAUUGGUCUCUUCUGGCUGUCUGCGUCCAUCUUUCUAACCUUUUUCGCCCAGAACGUCGGCAUGUUGUUCGCCGGAAACAUGCUCUGCGGCGUUCCCUGGGGUAUGUUCCAGUCCGUGGCAAGUUCCUACGCUACCGACGUCGCUCCUCUAACGCUCCGACCGCUCAUGACAAGUUACAUCUCCCUCUGCUGGGCUAUGGGUCAAUUCAUCUCGACCGGUGUCCUCCGAAGUCUCCUGUCUCGACAGGACCAGUGGGCAUACAAGCUGCCAUUCGCAAUCCAGUGGAUAUGGCCGAUUCCUCUCGGUCUGAUUACCUUCUUUGCUCCAGAAAGUCCUUGGUGGCUUGUUCGAAAAGGUCGGAUGGAAACUGCGCGGAAGGCACUCCGUCGACUGGGUUCGAACACCGUGACUGACUCCCACCUCGACAACGGUGUCGCAUUGAUGUACUUGACAAAUGAGCACGAGAAAGAGAUCGAGAGAGGGACAACUUAUUUGGAGCUCUUCAAAGGCGUCAACCUGCGUCGCACAGAAGUCGCGGUGGGAGCUUGGAUCUGCCAAGUCACCUGCGGUAACUGGUUCGGCGGAAACGUCACCUACUUUAUGGAACAAGCUGGAGCUACAGCCUACACAGCUUUUGCAUUUGGCCUCGGUAUGAACGCCGUCUCUUGUAUCGGGACUAUUGCCUCAUGGUUUUUGACACCGCGUGUUGGCAGACGACCAAUGUAUCUGUGGGGUCUAGUGGGGAUGUUAAUGACCUUGUUGGCAGUAGGGUUCAUGGGUAUUCCUUCACAUCCCACAGCAGGCAUCCAGUGGGCAUCUGGAGGAGUACUGAUCGUCAACAUGCUGCUCUACUUCCUCACCGUCGGACCGGUCUGCUUCACUAUUGUGCCAGAAGUCCCGACCGUGCGACUACGCAAUAAGACCGUCGCGGUGGCCCGCGCUGCGUAUAACAUUGUGGGUAUCGGAGCGAGCUUUCUGAACCCGGCCAUCUUGAACCCCGGAGCCUGGGACUUGAAGCAAAAAGGUGGCUUCGUGUGGAGUGCUUUCGCCAUAAUCUCCGUUGUCUGGGUUUUCUUCAGACUCCCCGAGACCAAAGGGAGGACACCGAUUGAAUUGGACGCUCUCUUCGAGCGGAAGGUCAAGACCCGCGACUUCAAGACUGCAAAUGUCGACACGAUGAUCGUUGCUGAAGUCCCUGUUGCUCGAGCGCAUGAUGCCAUCACUCAUGACAAGGCCUAGAGGGGGAAAAUGGCAAGGUGAAAAUAGGUAUGAGCUUACUCGGAUUCAGAUAGCAUGCUCGAUCGAUGGUGUCAGAGACAGGGGCUCUCGUACGGACGAAUAGGUGAUAGAGCCUAGCAUCUGCUUGAUGACUCUGCAACCGCGAUCCCAACGGUGCUUCUAAGCGCUGAAGGUUACUUGGACAUGCCUCGUCGUCGCUAUCUCGCUGCCGU